GUUUCACGCGCUCCGAUUACUUGAUAUUGCUUUGCGACCCUAAUGUUAGAUUUAUUACUAACAACAGCUGAUCGAUUCAACCUAACCUCAACUUUCUCUUUCGGCCGCUAAACAAUUGUCCUUUUUGGAAAACAAAUUUUCAGAUGCAAGCAUUAAGCAGACCAUUAGCAGGCGCUAUAAUGCAAAGCUUGAUGAGAAACAACGCAAAGCAGUUUAUAUUUUGGAGCAAACAUUUGAGCAGAACAUGUAGCUCCAAAACAAUUGCAACCGAAGGCCCAGAAAAGCUCCCCUACAAUGAUCUAAUGCAGCAACGCCAGCAGCAAGCUACCCGCAGUAUAGUGGUGCAAGUGCAAUCAGAAAAGUCAUUCCCCGAAUUGUAUAACUAUUGCGCCAGUUUUGGGCAAAUACUCAGCGCUCAUCAUUACCGCAUACAACAUGAGGACGAUCAGCAUUAUAUAUUGCUGGAGUUUGCCAGCACGCAAGAGGCCUCCACUGCAAUUUCUGCCUCAGCGUACAAUGAUGAGCUUUCCGGUGUGACAGCGCAUUCACCCUUUCUUUGGUUCAGAGCGGCGAGCAGCAAGCGUGAGCUAAAAGCAGCAGCCAGAUCAACAACAGCCGCGUUGGUUGUAAUUGGUGGCACUGAAAUGCUUGAUAAUAAUGCUUUGAACGAACUUUUAUCCGAAUCGCAAAAUUUAGAUCAACAAAUUUUGCUUUUGCACCAGCGCACGCAACUCAACGAUUUGGGCGUGCGUUUACGUUUCCUAGCAGCACUGCAAGUACAACAGGCUGUGUCCGGCAUGUUUCCCUUUGCAAAUGCGCAACCUUUUGGUUCAUCAGUAAAUGGCUUUGGCAGAAUGGGCUGUGAUUUAGAUUUAAUAUUGCGCUUUGAUCGCGAAGUUAUUGGUACAGCUGCCAUGCAGCGGCGAAAUAACGACGCGCGUUUAGUUUUUCAUACAAAGGAAAAUUUAGCUAAUGGACGUUCGCAAACACAGCGACAAAUGGAAAGUGUUGGAGAUAUGUUACAUCUCUUCUUGCCCGGUGUAUGUCACGUGCGACGAAUACUGCAGGCGCGUGUGCCAAUUAUUAAAUAUCAUCAUGAGCACUUAAAUUUGGAAGUAGAUCUUUCCAUGAGCAAUCUCACCGGCUUCUACAUGUCAGAAUUGCUCUACAUGUUUGGCGAGUUCGAUGAACGCGUACGCCCACUGACGUUCUGUAUUCGGCGUUGGGCCCAGGCGUGUGGCCUAACAAAUCCCUCGCCCGGGCGGUGGAUAACAAAUUUUUCGCUCACCUGCCUUGUGAUAUUCUUCCUACAACAAAUGAAGCAGCCGAUACUUCCAACGAUCAACGCGCUAAUGAAAUCCGCCACACCAGAAGAUAUACGUCUCACCGAAGACGGCAUAAAUUGCAGCUUCGCACGAGAUUUCGAGCGCAUUGGCUUUCGUAGUAGCAACACAACCAACGCGAGUGAAUUAUUGCUGCAAUUUUUCGAAUUCUAUUCGCAAUUUGAUUUUCAUAAUCGCGCGAUAUCAUUGAAUGAGGGACGAGCCAUUGCGAAGCCUGAUCACUCGGCGCUUUAUAUUGUAAACCCGCUAGAACAGGUGUUGAAUGUCAGCAAAAAUAUUAGCCACGAAGAGUGCGAGCGACUGCGCAUUGAGGUGCGUAAUGCUGCUUGGGUGCUCGAAUCGGAAGUGGAGCAUCCCUCAGUACCGGACAGUGAAAGAGCUGAGGCGUCAUGGGGAAUUCUGCGUCUGUUCAAAGCAAAUGGCAAAUCUAUUAUACGGCCGAAUAUGUUUUUUAAACCACGCAUGGUUGACGUUAGCGAACUGUUUGAUAACUC